AUGGCAGCCUCUGCCCUCCUGCUUCUCUUGGUGCUGCCUGCAGGAACCUGGCCCAGCCUGGGGCUGCCGCGGCGACAGUGCGUGCACUGCUGCCACCCAGCCUGGCCCCCGGCUGCCCCUGGUUCAUAUGCCCCUGAAAAUGAUGGGGAGGAGUGGGUGCAGCUGCCCCGCAUUCGGCCCACCAUCGACAUCUCAAUCCUCAAAGGUGAGAAGGGAGAGGCAGGGGUCAGAGGUCGCUCUGGUAGGAGCGGAAAAGAGGGCCCACCAGGCUUCCGGGGCCUCCAGGGCCGCAAGGGCCAGAAGGGACAGGUGGGGCCACCAGGUGCUCCAUGCCAGCGUGCCUACGCUGCAUUCUCUGUGGGCAGGCGUGAGGGGCUGCACAGCGCUGAUGCCUUUCAGGCCAUGCCCUUCGACACGGAGUUGGUGAACCUGGAUAGCGCCUUCGACCUGGCCUCUGGCCACUUCUUCUGUGCUGUGCCCGGUGUGUACUUCCUGAGCCUCACGGUGCAUACCUGGAAUUACAAGGAGACCUACCUGCACAUCAUGUGCAACAAGCAGGCCACAGCCGUGCUGUAUGCACAGCCCAGUGAGCGCAGCGUCAUGCAGACCCAGAGCCUGCUACUGCCGCUGGCUGCUGGUGACACUGUCUGGGUGCGCAUGUUUCAGCGUGACCGCGAUAAUGCCAUUUAUGGAGAACAUGGGGACCUCUACAUCACCUUCAGUGGCCACCUGGUCAAGCCAACCACCGAGCUCUAA